ACACAUACACACUCACAUAGAGUCAGUCACCAACGCUCAUUCAACCGCGGGCCAGCAGCUCAGACAGGCACCUUGUUACUAUCCAGCUGGAAAGAGCAGAGCACUGCGAGGUGCACACACACACGCACACACACACACACAUACACACAUACACACACACAGACACAAAUGUGAGCAUCCUCAAACAGCCCAGGACUUUUUAUCUGGGGACCAGGAAAGAAGAAGGAAGGAAGACAAACUGAGAGACGAAGAGCAGGAUUAAAAAGGAACUUUUAAAGGUGGAUUCAUUGAAUUACAACACUUUCUGAAAGAAGCGGACAAACAGACAAAAAGGACUAAAGAUGACAACUGGAGAAAAGAGCUUGUUUCUGUAGGGAGGCCUGCUGUCAGCACGGAGUGGACACUGGUUGUUGGUGACAUCCAGAGGGUCUGUGGAGAGAGUGCAAUUUUUCCCUCCCUUCAGGACUCCCACCCUCCUGUCAUCCCUCCACCAGGACAUCUACUGAUCAUCAGCAUGCCUACAGCUUGCACAAGGUGCACUUUGGGAGUCUGACCCACCAUGUGCAGAUGGACGCUGUCCGUAGCCCAUCUCUGUCCUGAACCUACCCUUGGCACCACCACUGCUGCAGCCUCCGCCAGGCGAUUUCUCCCCCUACCCAGUGCAGCCUCCCUUUGCUUGGCAUGCUUCACUCUGCUCCUGGUCACCGCUGGCACUGCCACAGGGGCCUGUCCUCCCGGGGUAGGGCAUGAAUCCCUACAGGUUCUCACAAGUGGCAUCAACUGUUCAUGGACAUUGGAAAGGCACACUCGCAGUUACAAUCACCUAGAGGGCGAUGUCCGACUACGGCGGCUUUACUCUGCUAACAAGUUCUUUCUGUGCAUUGACAAAACAGGCAAGGUGGACGGCACUCGGCGGAAAAACUACGCAGACAGCCUGAUGGAAAUCCGAUCUGUCAGUGUGGGAGUUGUUGCCAUCAAAUCUGUCAGCACCGGGCUGUACUUAGCUAUGUCCAAGAAAGGCACGCUCUUCGGAUCGGUGAAGUACAACCCGAGCUGCAAGUUCAAGGAGCGCAUUGAGGAGAACGGCUACAACACGUACGCCUCCCUGCGUUGGAAACACGGCGGCCGGCAGAUGUUUGUUUCACUUAACGGGCGUGGGAAGCCGAGGCGAGGUCACAAGGCUCGACGAAGGCACCCAUCCACCCAUUUCCUGCCCAUGCUCCCAUCCUAGCUUCGCAAGUCUGAACUCUGAGCGGCAACUGGCUGGCUCGCCUGCCGCCCCACACUAGUGUUGAUCUAGCUGUGAUCUUUAUUUUUAUUACUCCAUCCUCCUGUCAAAUACAUGUACAUUUGUUGAGGUCUGUAACAUUUGUAGACUUAGAUAUGUACUUUUAAGUUAUUUUCUUCAUUUUCUAAUGAUGUUCAGCAACACAGGCCAAUACCGUAGAAUAAUUCCUUCUUCAAGAAUCUGUCUGGUUACAGUUUAUGUCUGUGGGUCUGGAGUGGAUGUGAAGUGGUGUUAGGGUGAAUUAAAGAGACUGUAAGAGCACCGAAAAGGGAUGGCAGGGUUUAGAAACAAAACUCUUUUUUACCCCAUUUCAGAUGUUCAACUGAAUAAGAAGGGAAAUCAUGUUAUACUUAUCAAUCUGAAAUGGAAGUAACAUUAUGAAACAAAACAUACUUUGAGAUAUGUAGCUACAAAUCGGGGACUUAUAGUUCCUUAAAGCUCAAGAACGGAUGGGCCAAAUGCUUUGGUAUAACAAAAAUCUAAAAAUAUUUGUACAUCUACCAUUGAGACACUGGGGUCAUAUCCUUGGUGUUUUGGGGGAUAAAGCAAUGUGGGGGUGGAGGGAGGGUCAAACUCUACAAUUAAAAACUAACAUAUUGUGGCUAUUUCUAAACUUAAAGGUGUCUUAUGUAAGUUUUCACUUUAGCCGAGCAUGUUUUUUUGCCAGGUACGAGUGGUGGUGAUCGUCGCUAACCAACACCUUCAGCCAUAAUUGUGUUUACAAUCUAUAGAGCAUAAUCGUCUUCACUUUCUGCUGCUAGGAACUGUUUCAUUGGCUUUGAAUCAGCAAUCAAUGCUAACAUUGGCUUUGUAACAAUAGCAAAAACUUACAUAUAGCUCCUUUAAUAUUGUAUAAUUAUACUUUAAAAAUAAAUAUGUGGAUUUAUCAUGUUGAACAUAUUUCUCAUCUCAAGCACAUGGUCAUCAUCAUCUCACAUAGGAAAAUCCGCUAUUGAUUGAUUUCCAUGUAUGUCCCAUGUGAAAUGUUUGAUAUUAAUCAUAUGUAACCGUGUCCGCAUCGUUUCUCAAAUCCUGGCUGUGGCCCUUCUACAAAUCUAUGAGAUCACUGUUGCUUGGGAUAUAAUGAUGCUAGAGGAUAAGAUGAGAUGAAAAAAAUACAUACACCAGUGACGAGAACACAGCAAAGUCAAAACUAACUACUGGGAUGUUUGUUUCUGUCAGAAUGCCAAUAGGUUAGAAAUCAGUUUCUCCACUUCUGGGUCUGAGAUAAUUAAUAUACGUUUUGAGACAUUUAAUGCAUUACAAAGAAUGUAGGUACAUGAGAGAUCACAACAUCAUUCAUUUCAGUUGUAGAUGGUUAUUACGUCUGUCUUUCUAACAUUUUCUCAACAACAACCCUGUUGCUAAUAGAGCAUUUAAUAUAUUUAAAACAUUGUGUACUCUUUAACUGUUUAAGGUUAAUGUUUAUUGUUGACUUUUUGUGUUGGAUUGUAGUCCUACUGUUAUAAAAUAAGGGGAAAAUGUAUUGUAUUCAAGCCCAUUUUCCAUUCAUUUUGUAUGGUAAUUUUACUGUAUAUUUUGUGAUUCAUUUAUCAUAAACUGUUUUCUGGUUGUAGGCCAGUACUGGCAGGUUGUAUAUAAGGCCAAAAUCCUCAGAACAAACCAAUCUUUAUUUCAGCAAAGUAAAAUCAUUUGAGUGCCUUGGUCCAUGCUGAGUUUGGUAAACUUCAAUAAAAAAUGUAACUGAA